AUGCCAGUCUUUGCAAGGAUUGCCACUGCUGACCCAGUCGAGGCCACCGCCAUCACCACCCUCGACCUUGUCCUCGACACUUCCCUUUUAUCCGAGUCAUCCUCUUCCUCGUCCUCAACGGCCUCCACCUCAACCUCUUCCCCCCUGUCAGUCUCGACCACUGACACUGAUGUCGUCUGCCAAUGCAUCUGCCCCUCAUCACCCACCAUCUCCUCCGACAACAUGCUGCUCAUCGAUGGAAUCCUAAACGGUCACCAAAGCAAGUCAGAACUCGCAACCCUCCUCGAGUCUUCCACGUCCUCAGUCCUCUUCCAAGGCCACCUGGUCUCUUGUCCACUCCACUGCCCUGCCGAUGUUGAUCAACCAGGGUUUGCACAGCUCAAACAACAAGCGCUUCUGAAACAACAGCAGCUCGCGUUGUUGCAACAGCGUUUACAGGAGCAACUAGAGGAGCAACAGCAGCAUGAGGAGCUGGAGAAGCAGAGGAAGGAACAGAUAAUGAGAGGCAAGCAGCAGUCGGGGACCAACAGCUAUGAUGUUGUCGUCGACAUCAAGCAUGUCAACUUGAAUGACUCAACGUUAUGCGGAUACCUGCACAUCAGGGGACUGACAAGGGAGUACCCGGAGCUGACGACUUUCUUUGACGCCGAGAUUAUCGGUCCUCAGUACUCGUUUCUGACACAGAAGUGGGAUGCCACCGAAGACACCGACCAAGAGCAUUGGGCCCUGUUCCAACAGUUCCAGGGUAGUCUGUACAACAUGGAGUCGCGCCAGGAUGAUCUAAAGGACGGCGAUGUGGUGUUCAUGCGAUGGAAGGAACACUUUUUGGUACCCGAUCAUCGUGUCGAGGGGAUCACAGGCGCCAGCUUUGCAGGAUUCUAUUACAUCUGUUACAACAAGCGGACUGGACAUAUCAAUGGGUACUAUUUCCACCAGUCCAGCGAGAAGUAG